AAAAUACCCUCUUUGCGUCAUCUUCUCCACUCUCUCAGUGCUGCAGCCUCUCACACUCAACCAAACCACAAUCUCUGGGCAGCAUCAAUGGCGUGUAGAGUUCAAUACUCCAUUCACAACAGCCUCCGCUUCUUCUCCUCCUCUCCAUCGUCUCUCAAUUUCUGCUCUUCUGCAAAACCACACAAAAUUCGCUUCAGAAAUUCUAAGUAUGUCUCCAUUUCUAAGGGCGCGCUGUACUGUACUUGCAGCGCAGACCCUUUCGUCCUCACCACUCCGCUUUAUUACGUGAAUGCCCCGCCCCAUAUGGGCAGCGCCUACACCACCAUUGCCGCCGACGCCAUCGCCCGUUUUCAGAGACUAUUAGGCAAGAAGGUCAUAUUUAUAACUGGCACAGACGAGCACGGGGAGAAGAUUGCUAGUGCUGCCAUGGCCAAUGGUUCAAGUCCUAGCAAACAUUGUGAUUCUGUCUCACAAGCUUACAGGGCACUAUGGAGAGAGUUAGACAUAUCUAAUGACAAGUUCAUUCGCACAACCAAUCCCAACCAUGAAGCCAUUGUCAAGGAAUUCUAUUCUAGGGUUCUGGCAAAUGGUGAUAUCUACCGUGCUGACUAUGAGGGACUGUACUGUGUAAAUUGUGAGGAAUACAAGGAUGAGAAGGAGUUGUUGGAAAAUAACUGCUGUCCUGUGCACCUCAAGCCAUGCCUCGACAGGAAGGAAGACAAUUACUUCUUUGCAUUGUCUAAGUACCAAAAACAAUUGGAACAGAUUUUGGAGGAGAACCCGGAUUUUGUACAACCUUCUUAUCGUUUACAUGAGGUGCAAGGUUGGGUCAAAAGGGGCUUGAGAGAUUUUUCCAUUUCUCGAGCUUCAGUUGAUUGGGGCAUUCCAGUUCCUAGCGAUGCUAAGCAGACUAUAUAUGUAUGGUUUGAUGCUUUGUUGGGUUACAUAUCUGCUCUUUCGGAGGAAGAGGAGCAGCCUAGCUUACAAAAUGCAAUUUCCUCCGGUUGGCCUGCAUCGCUGCACUUGAUCGGCAAGGACAUAUUACGGUUUCAUGCAGUUUACUGGCCAGCAAUGCUGAUGUCAGCUGGAGUAAGCCUCCCAAAGAAGGUUUUUGGUCACGGAUUCUUGACCAAGGAUGGCCUGAAAAUGGGGAAGUCACUGGGGAAUACCCUCGAACCUACCGAGUUGGUGCAGAGAUUUGGACCUGAUGCAGUCAGGUAUUUCUUCCUUAAGGAGGUGGAAUUGGGUAAUGAUGGGGACUACUCAGAGGAGCGUUUCAUCAACAUUGUUAAUGCAAAUCUUGCAAAUACAAUUGGUAAUCUUCUUAAUCGUACGCUUGGACUUUUGAAGAAGAAUUGUCAAUCCACCAUUGCUGUUGAUUCAGCAAUUGCAGCAGAAGGAAAUUCACUCAAGGAUGCAGUGGAGAAGCUGGUUGAGAAAGCAAGACAGCACUAUGAGAAUCUUGAACUGUCAUCAGCUUGUGCGGCUGUACUAGAGAUCAGUAGUGCUGGAAACGUAUAUAUCGAUGAAAAAGCACCAUGGUCUCUUUUUAAGCAAGGGGAGUCUGGGUUCGCAACUGCAUCAAAGGACCUAAUAAUUGUACUGGAAGCCAUAAGGAUUGUGGCAAUUGCAUUAUCCCCAAUUACUCCGAGUCUAUCUUUCAAGAUUUUCACCCAGCUCGGCUACUCGGAAGAUCAAUUCAGUAACAUUACUUGGAGUGAGACCAGAUGGGGUGGGCUGAAGCAAGGCCAUGUCACAGCUCAGCCAAAACCAGUUUUCUCGAGAAUUGAUCUUGAAACCGAGCUGACCGAUACAACUGACGAUUCUAAGAAAACAAGCAAGAAAAAAGAUAAGCAGAAGACUCAAAAGAUAUUCUGAAACUAUAUAUGAAAAGCAAGUGUAAAGCAGAAUACAGUUAAAUCACAUAGGUGCUGGAGCACAAUCAUCAGAGGAAAGUGUGGUGCUUGAGACAGGACCAUAAGCGGGAGCCGCAGAUGAAGAAAUGGGACCAGAAGCUGCGGCACCUGAACUCUGGAGCUGGAUCGCAGAACGUCGAGAGCUUGUUGUCUCGAACUUGCACAGGUUUGAAGGGGAAGAUUUACCUUCUGCCAGAGCCAAGUUUUGGUAGAGAUCGACGAUGUUUGGGCAGUUGUAGUAACACUGUGGAGAGCAGAGCUUGAGGGUGAAGCGAGUCUCGAGGAGUGAGUCGGAGGAGAUGCCAACAGACUUCCUGUCGAGCCCACACGCGCUCACGCACUCAUCAGUCUCUAUGUAUGCCGGUGGCACAUUCAUGGCCAUGAUCUCAGAAGUCUUGCACUGCAACUCCACAACCCCAGCAUCCGAUUGGAGGGUUUCCAACACGCAUCUUCUCCCAGACGACGCGAUGGAGAGAGAGCACAUUCCAGAUGGCAACUCCUCGCACACGAGCUCCCCUACACAAAAAUUGAAAGUGAAUCAAGGUACAAAUAUAUCAUGCAACAGGAGAAGAAAAGAAAACAUUGCUCAAAUGUACCAAGAGCUCCUUCGAGGAUGAGAGCAAAGGCGAGGAAGGCGAUCAGACGGCUCAUUUUCGAUGGAAGGGGAAGUGAUCAACUUGGUAAGGCAGAAGGUAUGUAUGUGUAUUAGAAAGAAGAGAUGGGAUGUUUGUUGUGGUUGUGGAGAGCAAGUAGGGUUUAUAUAGGGAAUGGCGAUGCAGCAUGCGGGAAGCGUUUAACGUUGUCGUUGACAUCGAACGUGGUUGCUGGGGGAUCUUUGGCGUUGAGUUUAUUAGUGAAGGUCGAGGCAAAACAUGGGUCACUUUUUUGUUUGUGUUGUUCACUAUCUUGAUGCUAAGUUUGUUGGUUUGCACAGCUGGUUCGAGCAGUCAAUAGAGUGAAGAUGAAUUCAUCGACGUUGUUUGGUGCUA